GUCUGAGAGCCGACUGGUUGGGGUGCUGGGCAUUGCGGGACGGCUUCCUCAAGACAAGCUUUUUACUUUGCCCGGAGCAUUUCCGCCCUCUAUUAACCCACACUUUCAUUCACCUUCAUCCUCGGUUUCCAAUGUCCCGCGCGUAACCUUGUGGAGUGAAUUGUUUAUCAGGGAUUGACUAGCACCCCUGUGGUCCUUGAUAAGGACGAUCAACCUUGUUGAGAGAGAAAAAAUAUCUGCACCCAAGCAUCCCACCUCCAACACGCGAUCGCGAUCCUAACCUGUCACAUUUUGACUUGGAUAUUUCCGUGAUUGAAAACAGCUCGGCAUCGAAAAUGGCGAACAUCGACGCGGCGGAUGGCUCCCAGGCUGGAGACAGCAACACCGAGAAGCAGAUCGAGAAGCAGAACGAGACCCAGGUCGAGGUCCCCACGAAGGCCAGCCGUCUGCACGAGUACCGUGAGGAUGAGGGGUACAUCAUCGACAGCGAGGUGGCCGGCUCAGGCGCGAAGCUCGCCAAAGAUGGUCGGACGGUGCUGAUCCCCGAGCCGAGCGACGACCCCAACGACCCGCUCAACUGGUCGUGGAAGCAGAAGCACAUCAUUCUGCUGAUCAUCGCCUUCGCGUCGUUUCUGCCCGACUAUGGCAGUGCCACCGGCGCUGUCACGCUGAUUCCCCAGGCUGCGCAAUGGAACAUGACGCCGGACGAGGUCAAUCAUUCCCAAGUCGGGAAUGUCUUCAUGCUCGGUGCCGGGGGCAUCUUCGUCGUCAUGGCCAGCGCCUACUUUGGGCGCCUUCCCGUCGUAUUCUGGUUCCUCAUUAUGAAUCUCGCCACGGCGGCAUGGUGCGCCGGCGCGACCAGCUUCAAGUCCUUCAUGACGGCUCGGAUUCUCAACGGGUUUUUCUCGACCGUCUCCCAAUCCGGCGGGCUCAUGUUCAUCCAGGACCUGUUCUUCUUCCACGAGCGGGCGAGAAAGAUCAAUAUUUGGGCGUCCUUCAUCAUCAUGAGCCCCUAUCUCGGACCCCUUCUCGGCGCCUUCAUGACUGAAACGAAGCCGUGGCCAACGCCGUUCUGGGUGUUCACUGCCCUGUCGGCAUUGGCGCUGAUCCUCACGGUGCUCUUCGUCCAGGAGACCUACUACGACCGAAGCAUCCCCGCCUCCGAGCAGCCGCCCAAGGGCAGUCGCGUCGCGAGGUUGACUGGAGUUGCGCAGUGGAGGUCCAGACAUCUCAGGAACUCGCUCGGCCAGGCGGUUUGGCGUGUCGUCAGCGUGAUCUUGAAGCCGACCGUUUUCCUGGCUAACCUGUACUACAUGUUGACCUUCGCCUGGGCCGUGGGCAUCAACACGACGCUGGCCAUCUUCCUCACGCCACUGUACGGCUUCGGGCUCAAGCAGGUCGGCUUCUUCUACUUCACGCCCAUUGUGGCGGUCCUCCUGGGCGAGAUCACGGGCCACUGGCUGCACGACCUCCUUGCGCGGCAGUACAUCCGGUCGCACGGCGGGCGGUUCGAGCCCGAGGUGCGCCUGCGGGCGCUCUUCGUGGCGCUGCCGUUCACGGUGGCGGGCCUGGUGCUGGUGGGCCAGGCCCUGGAGAACGCGUGGCACUUCAUGGCGACCAGCGUCAGCUGGGGCCUGUACGUGUUCGGCACCAUGAUCAUGACCGUGGGCCUCAGCAGCUACUGCCUCGACAGCUACCCCGAGGCCUCGGGCGAGGCCUCGGCCUGGCUCAACUUCUCGCGCACCCUCGGCGGCUUCAUCGUCAGCUACUUCCAGGUCACCUGGGCCGACGCCCAGGGCACGCGCCUCAGCUUCGGCAUCCAGGGCGCCAUCUGCGCCGGCGGGUUUGUCUUCAUAUUGGUGCUGCUCAAGUGGGGCAAGGCUCUCAGGGUCUGGGCUGGUCCGCUCAACUUUUCUACGUCUUAGGCGCGUCCUGCUGUGCUUGGUCCGGCUCGAGAUGCUCCCCCGUUAUGGAGCGAAGGACAUGUUCCCUGGCUUUUAGCUGCUGACUCUGCGGUAGCUCUCCGGAUGGCCUGUAAAAUAGCAAUAAUGAUAAUAGCCACGGUUAGCACACGGGAAGAGAUGCCCAGAGCAAGCUGUCAACGGUCGGGAAGGAAAAGGUCUGGGGUGAACUCCUUCAAAUGCAGGUAUUCGGUAUUUCAACACGGCGAGACUUGGAAGACUUGAUGCUUCUCGGCAGACUAAAGCUAAGGCAGAAUACCCUGA